AUGGCGCGUUCCCCGCUGAUAUAUGCUGCCGUGCUUGCUCUAGCUGUAGCGGUGACGGUGACGGUGCCCCUUUGCGAAUGCGCCGAAGCCCCUCAGAGCGUCGCCAUAACGCCAUCCAGCAAUGCUGCCCGCGCCACCUAUCGCAGCGAGAUAUUCCAGGCUGACGUCAGCAUAGUGGUGGACGAGAAGUCCAUUCUGUUUCAGGCGAGUCCCCCUCCUAACUUCAAGGACCUCUUCGCCUACACCAACCCCGCCUACGAGUCCUUCCCGCUCCCUCCUGGGUCGCCCAGGACGGUGUUCAACCACGUGGGCCUCAUGUACAACCCCUUCGGUGCACUGCCCUUCCUCGCUGGGCAGGAGGACCCAACGCCAGUGAACGGCACGCACGCGGUGAACGAGACGUGCGUGUCGUGCUUCCUCUUCAUCACCUUCUUCCACGUCGACCCCGCCCUCGUCAACACCACGGGCGCCGGCUGCGCCUUCAACGACAACGGCUUCUGCAGCGUCACCAAGGGCACGCCCAUCUUUCAGCCGCCCGCCAAGGACCUGCUGGGCGCCACCUUCGCGUCGUCCUCGGGCACCAUGUACAAGAGCCGCCCGCUGCUCUCGCCCUUCGGCUCCAAGCUGCUCGCUAAAUCCGUCCUCACGCCGCUUGCAGCGCCGCGGGUGGGCAUGCUAUGGACGAGCAGCGUGCAGCCGCCAGCGCUGUUUGAGUACGACGGCAAGGCCACGCUGGGCCCCACCAACUACUACGCCACCAGUGAUGCCCAGGUGCUGGGAAUAGGGCAGGCGGUGAGCACCACAUAUAUCGACCUCUAUGCUGGCUACUUCUCCGCCAACCCGGAGACGCUCAACACGCCCAUCACCACCAGCGUGUUUGACCGCCCCGCCAAGUACCAGGUGUCGGGGCUGUACCCGGGUGCAGCCUACUCCCAAGUGACGGGGUACCGCGGCAUGUCCACCUUCACCUUCGGCUUCACCAACUUCACCCAG